AUGAAUCCGACUGCUCUGUGGCUGCUGCUGGUCCCAGGUCUCUCCGGCCUGGGUCUCUCGUUCCCUCAGAAGACCUUCCACCUGGUUCAGGAGGACCAGGACUGGUCGGGGGCUCAGUCUCACUGCCAGACUCACUUCGUGGACCUGGCCUCGGUGGCGGACCCCAAAGACCUGAGCGCCAUGACCGGCCUGGUGCAGGACUCGGGCGUGUCUCUGGUCCGGGUGGGUCUGAGGAGGCAGUGGCAGUGGGUCCAGAGGGAGACCCAGGACCAGAGGGAGACCGAGAUCGGGUUCAGGGCCUUCGCAGAUGGAGAACCCAGAGCAGAGCAGAAGUGUGGGAUGAUCCAGGCCAACGGGGAGUGGAGGACGGAGGAGUGCGGGGAACCCAGGCCUUUCAUCUGCUACGACGAGAACGUUGCUGACAGCUUUGUGAGGCCGGAUGUAGUUCAAAACUGGGGAAGUGCCAGAAAUCACUGCAGAACCAAACACUUGGACCUGGCCUCGGUCCACUCUGCAGACCAGAACGCUCAGCUGGUGCAGCUCCUGAACGGGACCAAGGACGGGGCCUGGAUCGGGCUCACGCACAGGGUCUGGUCCUGGUCCGACGGCUCGCACCCCGGGUUCCUGCCCUGGACCGGAGACACCCCCAGGGGAGAGGGGGGCUGUGCUGCACUGGACCUGAGCGCGGAGCCGGUGGGACUGGUGCCCUGUAACUGCAGCGUCCCUCUGCCAUUCUACUGCUACAGCUUCCCAGUGAAGCAGUACACGGUGCAGAUCACCAUGUCGGCUGCAGAGGGCGCUGUUGCUCUUGCUGCUGACGCCUUCACCAAACUGGUACAGAGCAGACUCUCGGCGCUGGGCGUGACCAAAGACCUGCGUCUGAGUUGGAGGAAGCGUCCACAGAAAGUCCUUCCUGGUCCCAAACCAUAG